AUGAGGAUUGCCGCUCUCCGCGUGUUGGCAGCCUCGUCCGCAGCCUUUGCUGUUGUCGAGGGUAGCAAAUGCAGUUCUGUGUUCCCUUCGACAACUGGUCUUGCUGCCGCGUCAACUGUUAGUGCCUCCUCAGCCUCAGUCACAUCGACUGGCAAGAGCUCCAGGUCCUUGAGCUACGAAGCACAAGGAAGCUCAACAAGUAGUGUGACGGAUGGUAGUUCUUCUCUGGCGUCCGCCUCAGCAUUCUCAUCAUCCUCGUCCUCAUCGUCUUCGCCUGCCGCUGAUAGCUCAAUUGCUCCACUAUCCUCCUCGGACGAAACAUCAUCAUAUGGCGGAAGUGCCACAGCAUUAGAUGGGACUGCCUCUACAACGAUCUCUUUUUCUGUAUCCUCGACAGCAUCGCCAUCCACUAGCGACAGCUUGUCUUCAUCAUCGUCAACGUCUGAUGGCAGCACGGCUUCGUCAAUGUCAUCGUCGUCUGAAAGCAGCUUGACGUCGACAACUUCAUUGUCGUCGUCGUCGUCGUCGUCGUCGUCUCAAAGUAGCACGGCUUCGUCGACGUCGACUCCUGAUGACAGCAGCGCGAGUUCAUCGUCUUUUUCAUCGGCGUCAGUGACCUCGGAUGACAGCAAUUUGUCUUCGUCGACAGUCUCCUCUGAAAGCAUUUCCACAUCCCCCUCAUCCACGUUCAAUGCUGCGGACUACACCUACUAUGAAGUCACUCUGCCGGUUACAUUCACUGAGACAUAUGAUCCAGUGGUUACGCCGACUAGCACCGAGCCCUACCAAAUAACUGAAACACCUACACAGACUUGUUUCAUCGACUCGUCGAAUAUGGAUUUGACGUUCAAGAUUGCCACGAGCAAUACUAUUCCCUUGAUUCCCAAAAAUGGACGGAUAGGCAUCCUUGAGGCCACUGACUUUCCCGUACAGGGGACCGGGGACCAGACGGAGGAAGACGAAGAACAAGCGGCUCAAAACCAAGAUUACUUCAACAAUUUGCCCGCGUUCAGCUUUCAGAUGACGACUGCGGGAUCAAGCGACUAUUACGACUUCGUGGCAACCGUAGAAGGGAGCGAGAUAUAUGUUGCUCUAGACGUAGGGACACUGGAGAUCCACAUUUCCGACACUAGCCAGAACGAUCCGAAUGGCCUCGUCACGGGCAUUUUCACUUUCUCGUGUGAUGGCCAUAUCGAAGUCAACUACUUGGGCACCGAAUACACUUGGUCUGUAGGACCGGACAAAGUCAACACUGUUCUAGUUGCCGGGUCCCCAAGCGACGACGAACACAUCUUGUUGGUUCCCACGACCAUGCCCCCUGGUUAUGAUGAAAGCUAUACCAGUGAUGCCACUGGCACCCUAUCGCGUCGGCACCCGCGCUAUGCCUCCAUGCCCGAGCUUCAGCGCCGAAAUAGCCCUUGGACGGACGGGCAGCUGCCGAGGGUACCCCCUUCGCCCGCAAAUUUAUAUUCGUACAGGCGUGACGGCGCCCGCGAUAUGGAGUCUAACGGCUGUGGUUCCGGCUCAACCGCCGGGUGGAUCCCUCAAUUGAAUUUCGGCCAUUGCUGUGACCUACACGACUAUUGCUUCGAUAAUUGCUACGGUGGGAACCCCCGCGAGAAAUGCACUGACGACUAUUGCAAACCGAGCAGCUGGGAAGGGUGCAACUCUGCUUUCUACAAUUGUUUGCACAGCAGCAUUUGCUCGCAGUACUCCUGGAUUUGGUUUACAAUCAGGCGAGCUGCUUGCGAAUGUGCUGCGUCGUUCUACGCCUGGGUUGUGACGACCCACUUCGGCGCCGACGCUUUCAGGGAGGCCAAUUCGGAGAGAUGCGAUGCCUACUGUCCCGAAGGUUAUCCGUUGUGUCACGGGCAGUGCUUGACCUACACCGGAGACGAUAACAACAACUGCGGCGGCUGCGACUAUAAAUGCAACACGGGCUUGCAUUACGAAUGUCGAAGCGGCCAGUGUGUCUGCACCGCCGAUAUACAAAAUGAUAGCAGCAAUUGCGGCGGCUGUGGGCGCACAUGCCCGUAUAAGACUCAUUGCAGCGGUGGGACCUGUGUCUGCAACGAUGAUCGGUGCGGCAACCUCUGCGUCGAUCUCCAAUCCCACCCACGCAACUGUGGUUCUUGCGGCCACGUGUGCAGCACCGGCUACUGCUUCGAGGGGCAGUGCGUGGAUAUAUCGGGGCUUGCCACCUCCACAGAUUCUGCACCUGUGUGCUACCCCACAGACGCCGUCAAGAACGGUGGUUUUGACAUACUCGACAGCAACAACAACGCUUCUCCGUGGGAACUUUCCAAUGAUGAUACAAGCCACCAGGUCACAUAUGGGCCAAGUUCUCUGGCAACGUCGCAACCUAACAACGCUGCAAUCCACAAUCUUGACCCCACCGGGUUUUCCGGUGGCGUCUACCUCAGGCAGAAUCUGACACUGUGUCCCGGGACAACGUACGAGCUGACUUUCACAUUGGCAACCAUGGAUUUUGAUGCGACUUAUGUGAACCAAUGGGGUAUCCUUGUGCGAACUGCCGACAGAGAGCUGGCCACGAUUUUCCUAUCCUAUUCCGACUCCACACCCCAAGGUUAUGGCCCAUACCCUUUCACAAUCCCAACAGCCCCUGCUGAAGGCGGAACCGGAUGGGGAGCCAACGACGAUUGGCAAUCAACUCAGUAUGACUCGACAGGCACCUUUGCGUACAUUCAGUUGGUGUUUUGGGUGGUCUCUGAUAUCAAUCCUCCAACCACCCCGGAUGGGAAGUACAAUCUGAUGGAGGCCGUCAUAUUUGACGACGUGUCAGUAUAUCAAGCUUGA